AUGGCGCGUUGGCCAGACCUAUUUUGUGUACAAGAGUCUCCUAGUGGUGCCAUGAUGGUAAUGGGAAAGGCCGAGGGACGUGGUAAAGACUGGCAUGGGCACGUUACAGCAAUCACUGUUUCUCCAGAAUAUCGACGUUUAGGGUUAGCGGACGGAAUGAUGAAAUUGUUAGAAGAAGUGUCAGAAAAGAUUUAUAAUGGAUACUUUGUCGAUUUAUUCGUUCGCAAGUCAAAUUCUGUUGCGAUUGGAAUGUACAAGAAGUUUGGAUAUUGUGUUUAUAGAUGUGUUACUGGAUAUUAUUCUUCAGGAGACAAUCAUGAGGAAGAUGCAUUCGAUAUGAGGAAACCUUUAUCAAGAGACGUGCAUCGAGAGAGCGUGGCUGGGAGUGGGGAACAGAAUAUCAUUAAACCCGAACAAUUGUAG